AUGGGUGCAAGACACCUGGAUCGGAAAGAACACAACAUGCGGGUAAUUGGACAAUUGAAAGGGCAUUUGAAGUUCGAUUGGAGGCACACGAACAGGUAUCAUACCGUCAAUCCUCCUGAUGACCUUGCCGCAUUAAACCAAGGAGACGACGCCGUACAGAAUCUACACCAUCAGAUAGAUUUCUUGACACGGAGAACAGCGAUGGUAGACUCGGGGAUGGCGGGUCUUGUGCCGCCUGAUUAG